CGGCCGGCAUGGAGCUCGCGGAGGCGCGGCAGGGCCCGGCGCGCGGCGGCACGGCGGCCGUGGCAGCCCGGAUUCCCUCCAGCCGCCCCUCCAUGCUCCGUGUCCCCGGUCCCUAGACGCCCAUUCCCCGCACGUGUCCCUGUCCAUAUGGAUUCGUUUCAGGCCGAACAGAUGCUGAGCUUGCCCGCCCAGCUCGGCAGCAACAACUUAGAGCUGGCAGAGCCGGCGGAGCGGGCGGCAUCAGCGGCCCGCGUAGACACCGGCCGCCACCCGGAGGCGUCUACAGAGGGCACCGCACCACUACCGACGCGAGAGCCGGAGCAAGAGCAGCUUCCGAGAACCCCGGUGCCGGAGUGCAAAGUCCUGCUCACGCAGGCCGACGCCUUGGCGUCUGGGGGGCGCCUCCGGGAAGCCCUCGAAGUGUACAGACAGCUCUCAGAGCGGCAGCAGCUGGUGGCCGAACAGCUGGAGCAGCUGGUGCGCUGCCUGGCGGAGAACGUCCCACAAGGGGAGGCGCUGGCGCCGGCGCCCCCGGACGGGGACAGCUCUGCCAGCUGCGCGGUGGCGGCGGAAGAGGCAGGGGCGGCCGCGGCCGCGGCCACCGAGGUGUGGGACGGCUUUAAGUGCCGGAAGUGUCAUGGAUUUCUAUCAGACCCCGUGUCCUUGUCGUGCGGCCACACCUUUUGUAAACUGUGUCUAGAGCGUGGGCGGGCUGCCGACCGGCGCUGUGCGCUGUGUGGGGUCAAGCUCUCGACGCUGAUGGUGGCCCCGGGGCGGGCGCGCGGGACCCGGCGGGCUGCGCAGCAGGCGCCACCGCCGCUGCGGGUCAACGUGGUGCUUAGCGGCCUCCUCGGCAAGUUGUUCCCGGGCCCAGCGCGGGCGUCGCAACUCCGGCACGAGGGCAACCGGCUGUACCGCGAGCGCCAGGUGGAGGCGGCGCUGCUCAAGUACAAUGAGGCGGUUAAGCUGGCUCCAAAUGACCACUUGCUUUAUAGCAACCGGUCUCAAAUUUAUUUCACCUUGGAGUCUCAUGAGGAUGCGCUGCAUGAUGCAGAAAUAGCAUGUAAGCUCCGUCCAAUGGGUUUUAAGGCACACUUCAGAAAAGCCCAAGCCUUAGCCACCCUAGGCAAGGUGGAGGAGGCACUAAGGGAGUUUCUCUAUUGUGUAUCCCUCGAUGGAAAGAACAAGAGAGCACGAUCUGAAGCUCAAAGGCUUCUCCUUAGUUUCUUUUCACCAUCAGUCCCGGGGGAUUCUCAGGAACAUUCUCCUGAUAUCCUGAAGCUGUUGGCACCUCACCCUAGAUUAAAGGAACACGUAGAGUCAAUGGCUACUGAAGGCACCAGCCAUAAUCUACCAAAGUUGUCACAGGAAAAUCCGGAGCUCCCGCAUUGUUCUAGCCAGGAGGAAGCAGCAACUCAGGGAGAUGACAACAGCCUGAUGAGUCCCUCUAAAGUAAAGGUGGACGAUGUGAAAGACCAGAAAGAAGAAGAGCAGGAGGGGGAUGCUGCCUCUCCAGAAGCUGCCUCCAUCAAGACUGGCAAAUGCCAGGAAAAGAAAAGGAAAUAUUGCCAAGUUGAACCCCAAGAAGACAUGGAGAUUCCUAAUAAAGCUUCCAAACAAGAUCACCCCAUUGAUCAGGGGCCAGAACCUGCUGUCAGUGUUCCACUUGCAUCUUUUGACGCAUCUGACCUUGAAUGCUCCCUAUGUAUGAGAUUAUUCUAUGAGCCAGUCACAACACCUUGUGGACACACCUUUUGCUUAAAAUGCCUUGAAAGAUGCCUAGAUCACAACGCAAAGUGUCCAUUAUGCAAAGAUGGUCUUUCACAGUGCUUGGCAUCAAGAAAAUACAGUAAAAAUGUAAUAAUGGAAGAGCUAAUAGCUAAAUUCCUUCCAGAAGAAUUCAAGGAACGAAGGCGGCUUUAUGAAGAGGAAAUGGAAGAACUUUCUAACUUAAAUAAGAAUGUGCCUAUUUUCGUGUGUACUCUGGCCUAUCCCACCGUUCCUUGUCCCCUGCACAUCUUUGAGCCUUGUUACCGUCUGAUGAUUCGGAGAUGCAUUGAGACAGGCACGAGACAGUUUGGUAUGUGCCUUGGAGAUCCUGUCAGAGGGUUUGCAGAAUAUGGCUGUAUCCUAGAGAUCAGAAAUGUUCAGUUCUUUGCUGAUGGCCGCUCAGUGGUUGAUAGCAUAGGCAAGAGGCGCUUCAAGGUGCUCCAUCAGGGCCAGCGGGAUGGCUACAAUACAGCUGACAUUGAAUACAUUGAAGACCAAAAGGUUCAGGGAGAGGAUUGUGCCGAGCUCAUGGGAUUACAUAACUGUGUCUAUGAGCAAGCAUCAUCAUGGUUUCAUUCACUCAAAGCAUCUCUGAAGAAUCGGAUACUCAGUCACUUUGGUCCAAUGCCAGAGAAAGAAGCUGAUCCCCAGGUUAACCCGAAUGGUCCCGCCUGGUGCUGGUGGAUAUUAGCAGUUCUUCCCUUAGAAAGCCGAGCUCAGCUCCCAUUCCUGGCAAUGAGUUCCUUAAAGGAUAGACUGAACGGUAUUCGGCGAGUCCUGGCCUUUAUAUCCCGAAACCAAAACUAGUGAGAGUAGAUUGCUGAAGAGGAGCUCCCACCCUCCCCACUGCCUUAGGGGAUUCUUCUUGUAAAUAUAUCUAAUUGCAAUAACAUCUUAACAGAAGGGAGUAUCAAACAGAGGCAUUAGCCUGCUAUUGAUCAAAGAGAGAAAUCAAGUAGAAAGACCAAAAGAAUGUGACCUGUUUCAAACUUUGUCUUAAGAUGCUUCUUGACAUGCUGUACAACUACAUAAACAGCAGAGGCAUUUAAGAGCCCAGAAAAAAAAAAAAAUUGAUUUUAACAUAAAAUUUUCUGAAAGCUUAACGUGGUUUUGCUUUAAUUUUCUUUCUUUCAUAGAUAAAUGACUGUGCAGUUGAAAUGUGAAGCAAAGAUAUUGAUAAUGUUGCUACAUUAUUUCACUAACUUGAGGUCUCAUUCCAAAUGGUUCAGGUUUUAUAGAGCAUUGUGUUAAAUAAUGUUCAUACUUCUUUCUGUUUUAAUUUAUUUUUUGCGCUACUGUAUCCUUAUCUCUACAUGUAUGUUUGUAACUAUUUAAGUGUACAUUAAUGAAAAGUUUGUUGCUUUAUUUAUUGAUGUGGUUUACCAUGUACCUAGGGGGAAAUAACAAUACUAGAAAUGUGCACUUUAAUCCGUUUUUGCUACAUUCAUGCCAGUUCUUGGACCACUUCCAUUUCUAUCCAAUUGGAUGUUUAAAAGUUAAAAGGUGUUCAGAAUGAUGCUAAAUCAUCUGUCUUCACAGAUUCCACUUUUAUUUCAGUUUGAAUUAAACAAUAUAAAAUACUUAGGGAUUUGGCAUAGAUUAUGGUAUAUGCCAGGGUAAAGUAAAAUAAUCCGUUUUCUGUGUGUAAUACAGAACAAGGCUGAAAGAAUUAUUUUUCUGGAAUGAAGAGAUGACUCAGAGCAGUGUUUUUUAACUACAGUCUAUUAUAGGCAUUUAUUUCAGCAAUAUAAUUAUAAGUGUAUCUGAUUUCUCCCCAGUGCAGUUAGGAGUGGCAUUUUAGGUAGGAGAGCCACACCCUUCAGAGGGAAUGGCUUUCAGUUUGGCAUGUCACAGCCAUGCCCUACUAGCCUCCGCACCCCACCUCUUUUCUGAGCACCAAGACCUGGGCUAGCAUGUGCAGAAACACUUGAUGAAGGCCUGCUCACUAUUAAAUGUAUGAAGAAGCCAGGUAGGGUAGAACACUUUCAAAAUCUUUUUAAAGGAACCAGACAAUCCAUGAUCCUAUCUAACCACUCCCUUUCCUUCUAGUUGCAGUGGGCCAAAGAUUUCAAUAUAGAGGGCGAAUGGAAGAUGAGGUAAGAGUAAGCCCUUGUUUAGCUUCCUUAGUUCUAGUUUGACUCCUUCAGUUUCAGGAGAACUUGAAAAAUACCUUAAGCAUGGGAGUGCUAUGAUGGCAAAGUGAAAAGAUUAGGGCAGGGAAGAAGUGUGCCAUUUGUACCUUCAUGCAAAUUCUCCCCCCAUGUGAUUUUUAGACAGCUGCGGGGGGUGUUCUUCACUUGCAGCCUAUCCACUCUGUCAGGUGAGGGGGUAAUGCUUCAAGUAAUCGGUGUGACUUCUUCCAUCACCAGCUGUAGCCAGAAACAGGAAAGGGAGAAUGAGAUGAUUGAGACAAUAUAAAAGAGACUCACGUAAGCAGAACCCAAAUAAUCUUUUUCUGCACUUGCUUAUGUUGCUGGAGCAUUAUGUUACCAGGUUUAAUGUUUGGAGCCAGACUGGGCAGGUGAAGAAUGGAAGUAGAUGGAAGUAUAGGCUUGGUUACUGCCCAUGCAAAGUCAAUAAGGCUCAGGGAGCAGGAAAUUAAAGGCUUUCCCAAACCGUCCUGGUGCCCAAGCAUGUGAUCAUAACACAGUCCUAGUGCAAUAGUUUCCUACUAUCUAGUGUAAACUCAACAAAGAAGAGGGAAAUAAGUUUCUCUGCUUACUAGAUGUGUUACUUUUGGCAACUGAUUUAACUUUUGCUGAGCCCAAGUUUUCUCAUCUAUAAAAUGGUAGUGAUAAAAGCUGCAUAUAGCGUUGUUAUGAACAUUAAAUAAGAUAACAUGUAAAUCACUUAACACAGUGCCUUAUGCAUAGGAGACACUCAACAAUAGCUACUACUAGAUUAGUCAUAAUUACAGAAUAUCAGCAGGAGUCUAUAUUUGCAUAAAACUACCUUUACACACAAUACCCAUUUGGAACCCCUUUAAACUUGGUUGGGGGACUCCACACCAUUGAUUUUUUAGACUAUAACUUGAUGAUUUAUAGGUAAUUCCUUUUGGGGUUAAGUCUGCUUGAGAAAGUGAAAAGACUAGAGAACAAAUGAGGAUCAGAGGUGUGGACCAAUCCUAUAUCAGCAAAGUUUUUCCCCUUUCAAUAAGGACUAAAAUGUAGUGUUUGGAGGUCUUGAAUUUCUGAUAGAAUAUAAAUCUUGAGUUUUAGCUCCAUCAGAAUAACCAACUCAUUAUUCCCUGUUCUACAAAAUGUAUUGAGAAUCUCACCCAUGCCAGGGUGAUUGGAUUUUACAGUCUAUGACUUUUGUGCUUAGUUCAUGGUAUUUCUUUAUGCUGCCCAAAGUAACAGAUUGAACAAAAAUGUAUUGUGAGCCUACAGUGUACCAGGAACUGAGCCAGAUGAUCUCACAUAUCUGAGUUCAUUAAAUCAUUUAUUUCUCACAUCAACCCUGUGAGAGCAGUUAUUAUCCUCAUAUUAUGGAUGCGAAAACUGAGGCUUUACAAUGCUAAAUACUUUGCCCAGGUAACUUAGUCCACCAAUAAUUGGCCACACUUGAUUUUGAACACAUUGCUUUGCAGUUUUAACAUUUUAAAUAGCUUGUGUUACACGUAAUUUUAUUAAACAGGCAUGACAACCAAAUCACAAAAGCACCCCAGAAGCUCAUGAUGGGAAGUUGCAGUUAAGUAAAAUUAAGUUACUCAACACAUCUCUACUUAAUCUUAGUAGAAAAGGAAGUUUGAUUUCUUAAUAAAAUUCCAUAUCAUAGAAUGCUUCACCUUGAUAAUUGAGUAUCCAACUCCAGCAAAUGUAGAUCUUGGCUAGGCAGAAUUGCACUUUAUUCUCAGUAGCCUAGAUACACGUUUGGAUGGUUUUAUGACAAGCUUUUGUUUCAGUAGUAGUGGGAGGCAGGAUUCAAGGCUAAGCCCUGGCUUUAUUUGGGAUGUACUUGAACGAGAUAAUCAAUUGGGCUUGGCCAUUUUUGCCAUUUGUAAACUGAUUUUGCUACACAGCUUGGGAAUGAAGAGUAUACAGAGAAAAGAUAUAAAACUAAAUCUAGGCCAGAAGGACAUGAUUUCCCCCUUGGUAGAUAGUGCCACUUAUGUGGUUAGUUUUCCUAUCAUAACUGACCCAGUCUUUUUCUAGUAGAUUAUUUUCUAUAUGUAUGUAUAUACAUAUGUCUGUGUGUGUGUGUGAACACACAUAUACACCCACGUACAUAUACUAGGUAGUAAGCAGACAUCAUGCCUUUCUGCUUUGAACCUUACUGCCGCUGCUAGCAGAUAACCAGCAAAAUGUAGAAACUGAAAAAUGAAGAAACUGAUUUUCUGUAGACAACUUGGAGAAAAGAGUGCUCACUCCUGACGAGGGGACAGAGAAUUGACUAUUUCAACAGUUUGCUUUCUUUGAAGGUGGACUGCUUCUAGCCCAGUGCUGCCUCAGCAGCAAGGGGCAAGCCGAGUCACUGCACAUGUGGCACUUUCAGCUCUGCCUGUGGAGCUGGCCUGGGCUCAGAUAAUCCCCUGUGACUGGCUUUUGGAGCAGUGGAGCUCCUGAGACUGGUUCACAGCACCCUGAGGUCUCUUACUGUCAACAGCUUGCAUACUGUUGAUGGACUGCAAUCCACUGGGGACUGUGUUCCCCACACCAACUCCAUUUCCAAGAUUGGGAAUUAUAUUUAGGGACUCAUUCCUUGGGUUCCCAAAAUAUUGAUUUCACAUCCAUUUCCCUUCACCAAGGUAGACUUAUAGCAGAGAUGUGUGACAGAGAUGUGAAUGGAAGGCAGCCCAAAUAAUGGAAAAGGGCAGGUUUUCAACCCACUCUUGGGCCUGAGGAAUGAGGUUUUGAUUUAUGAUUGAAGCAGUCAGCUGCAUGGGCUUCAAUUUGUGACCCUUUCUGAGUACAGAGAGAAGAAAGGAAAAGGAGCCAUGUAAAAUGUGCACAUUCAAUUCAUCUUAGAAGGAUAGCUCCCAUUUAUUAUACUGUUCAACUAUUUAAUCGUCUGAGUCACGCACAUCCAGAGGUGAAAUGAAGAAAUUUUCACUUACAAAUGGCUAUUUCCAAACAUGCUAAGUUAAUCUCCAGAGAGAAGUGCCUGUAAUCUCUGUUCGUGGUGUCACUUUAAAACUUUUGCUCAUGACUCUGUAGCUGUUUAAACAUUUUUUCGCAACAAACGUGAUUAGCAGAUGUUUACAAAGCAACACUGUAGCUUAUGCAUCAUUUAAAAAGUCAAUUUACAUUUAUCUAUUGUUAAAGCAAUGACAGUAAACGGCGAAAUAAAAGGAAAGCAAAUGUGGCACCAUAGGCUUAUCUUAGAUAUACUAGUUCCAUCAUUUUAUGCAGUUCUUAGUAAUGCCAGGAUUAAACUAUCAAGCAAACAGUGGCAAAUGUGUAUGUGUGUUUGUUUUCCAUUUACUUGUUAAGCAGCCAUUUUACUUUUGCAAUGUAAUGAUCCUAAGAGAAAUUAAGAUAAUGCUUUUUGUUCCCAUAUUGCUAUUCAACUACCUCUAUAUGCUUAAUUUCUUUUUAGGGUUUCCCUUUCUUCAAAUCUGUACAAAAAAGUUUCAGCUCACCUAUGUUGUAAUAAUGUGAUAUGUUAGACAGUCUCUGUGAAAGUUGUUUGUUCAUUAAAAGAUGUUUCCUAUUGUC